AUGCCGUCGCCGCCGCGGCCCCGCAGGGCCGAAGACCGAGCCCCCGAGCCCGAGCGGCCCCGCAGAGCUCCCGAGCGAACUCACAGCCCCCAACACGAAGCCCUCAAUCUCCCACGGCCGCACUCCGGCUGCCGCCACUACCGCUACCUCCGGCCGCGGCGGGGAACCGCCCCCCCGCGCCGCUCAUUGGCUACAAGCGGCGGCUGCGAGAAAGCCCCGCCCCCCGCGAGGCAAGCGGGCGCUGCCGCGCCGGCGGGAGGGGAAGAUCAUGGACGCCGCGGCGCUGCCGAGCUCCCGGCAUGCCCCGUGAGGCUACGGCCCGCAGGGCACGCCGGGAGAUGUAGUCCGCCCGCGGGGCGUCCCUGCGAGGCGGGCCGUGCGAACCGGCACCCCCGCGGCGCCGUUCCGCUCCCGCGCUCCGUCCCCGGCUCUGCGCUGCGCCGCCGGGCAGGGCAGCCCCGGGCAGCACCGCCGCCCAAGGGCGGCCCUUCCCCCGCGGCCACCCCGUGGCCUCGGGCAGCGCUGCCGGGAAGCCGAGCGUUCCACCGCCGGCGUGCGCCGGGCGAGGCGGCGGCGCCUCCGCGGGCAGCCCCGGCCUUGGCGGGCAGCCGGAACAGCGCUGAGGGGAAGCUGCGGGUCGCGGCGGGACGGCCGAGCUGCUCCCCGCAGCCACCUCGGGUGACACGGGAAAGCUCCUGA